CUUGAAGCUAUAUGGUGUAGCGUGGACUCACUCAUAUUCCCUAGCCUAGCUAACAUUUAUUACACCGCCAGCGUCCGUCCAAUUUUUCUCCCGACUAUAUAUACGUGUGUCCCGUGGCACAGUGCCACUCACCCAACAAUACCAAGCACACUGUCAGCUCCUGCCUGACUCAUGCCGAUGCAGAUCCGUCACAGCCCACGCCCGUGUGCCAGCGGCCCGCAUGCUCCGUCCGUCACGGGCACUCGGGCGCCGGGAUGGACCGCGACGAUGCUCCGUCCUGCAGGAGCACUGGAGCACCGGGAUGGACCACGUCCAACGCUCGUUUCUUCGGCGGCUCGCUCGCAGCUGAAAAUCCUGCACCCGAACAGUGGCCAUGGCGCCACCAGGGCCACGCGUGCGGUGGCCGGCUCCGACGUCCAGACCUCGCCCACCGCCACUAGCGCUCGUGUCGAGGGCAAGCUGCUGCUGCAGAGCUCCGACUCGCCCAACAGCCCGCUCAGGCUCUCCCUUCAGCUCGUCAGCGCCACCGUCCCCGGGAGUGAUGGGCGCGGCGUGAGAGGGGAGGCGGUGGCGCUGGACGCCGUCAUAUCCAAGGGUGAGACGGAGCUCGACGUGGAGCUUCUGUGGGACAAGGCCCUGGGCGCGCCCGGCGCAGUGGUGGUGACAAACAACUCCGACUUCCCCGUGUACCUGCGGCUGCUGAGCCUGAGCUCGCCGGCCGUCCACUUCGUCUGCAACGGAUGGGUCUAUCCCGUCGAUAAGCACCCGUACCGCCUCUUCUUCACCAACGACGCGUACGUGAAGGAGAAGACGCCGGCGGCGCUGCUCAAGGACAGAGAGGACGAGCUCCGCCUGCUCCGGGGAGAAGGCUUGCCGACCGACAAGCCGCUGCAGAAAUGGGAGCGCGUGUACGACUACGCGUUGUACAACGACCUGGGAAACCCGGACCUGCGCAAGGACCUGGCGCGGCCGGUGCUGGGAGGCUCCAAGGAGUACCCGUACCCUCGCCGGACCAGGACCAGCCGGCCUCCCAGCAAGGCAGAUCCGGCGAGCGAGACGAGGGCGCCGCUGGAGGAAGGGAUCUACAUCCCGUGCGACGAGCGGACCGGCCCCGUUGCCGCGGCGCCCAACCUUCCCAAAAUCGACGGCCACUUCGGGUCCUUGGCGGAUGUCCACGGCCUCUUCGACAGCAACGCCAAGCCCUUCGCAUUCCCCGUCCCACAGGUCAUCUCAGCGAAUCGAACAGGUUGGCGCACGGAUGAAGAGUUCGCCAGGCAGACACUCGCAGGGGCAAAUCCCCUGUCCAUCGAGCUUGUCACCGAGUUCCCACUCACGAGCAAGCUUGACCGGGCUGUGUAUGGCGACCAAGACAGCAAGAUAACCAAAGAGCACAUUCAGAAGAACUUGGGAAACAUGACGGUGGCGCAGGCUAUAGAAAAGAAGAGGUUGUUCGCUCUCGAUCACCAUGAUUGGGUGAUGCCGUACCUGAAGCGCAUCAAUGAGCUGCCAGGCGCCGAGGAGAAGGGCGAGAUCUCCCAGAGGAAGUCGUACGCCACGAGGACGCUUUUCUUCUUGCAAGACGACUCCACGCUCAAGCCGCUGGCGAUCGAGCUUAGCUCGCCGCACCCGGAGGAUGAGCGCCUCGGCGCCACCAGCACGGUGUACACUCCGCCGGACGAACUCAAAGCCGGCGCCGCCGCCUCCAACACCUUCACGGCGUGGGAGCUCGCCAAGGCCCACGCCUCCUCCAACGACGCCUGCAAGAACAACUAUGUCCUCCACUGGCUGGGGACGCACGCGACGAUGGAGCCGGUGGUGAUCGCGGCGAACCGGCAGCUGAGCGUGCUGCACCCAAUCCACAAGCUCCUCAAGCCGCACUUCCGGAACACCUUGGACACAAAUUCCACGGCGCGGCACAUCGUCAUCGGCGCCGCCGACCAGCGACAGAACGGUGGCUUUUAUCGCAACAUGCACGAGGUCAACUUCUUCGCCAGCAAGUACGGCAUGGAGAUGUCAUCCAAGGCAUACGCUUCCUAUAACUUCACCGAGCUCGCUUUCCCCAACGAACUCAUCAAGCGUGGAAUGGUGAGAAGAGAUCCGAAGAAGAAUGAGGAGCUGGAGCUGCCGAGAAAGGACGAGCCCAACAUCUGGACGGCGAUCUGGAAAUGGGUCACAGGCCUCCUUUUCCCCAGCGAACCCAUCAAGACAGGCGUGGCGAGAGGCGACACGAAGAAGCAUGAGGAGCUGGAGCUGCUGAUAAAGGACUACCCGUAUGCGGUGGACGGGAUGGAGAUCUGGACGGCGAUCAAGAAAUGGGUCACGGACUACUGCGCGAUAUACUACGCCGACGGGGACCGCGCCGUCGCGGCCGACAGCGAGCUGCAGGCGUGGUGGAGCGAGGUGCGAAACGUGGGCCACGGCGACCUGAGCGACGCGCCGUGGUGGCCGGCCAUGGACUGCGUCGACGACCUCGUGGAGACCUGCGCCACCAUCAUCUGGCUCGGUUCGGCUUACCACUCGGCCGUCAGCUUCGGGCAGUACGCGUACAAUGGCUUCGUCCCCAACCGCCCCACCAUCACCUCCGGGGAGAUGCCGGCCGACUCCGGGGCGGUGGUGACCGAGGCCGAAUUCCUCGGCAGCAUCACCCCGAGGACCGAGACGUUCGCCCUCAUGGCGCUCACCAUGAACCCACCCGUGAAGCCCGGAGAGCCGCUCAUGGGGGAGCGGCCCGACACGGAGCGGUGGACGAGCGAGCAGCGGGCGGCCAAGGCGCUGCUCGAGUUCAACGCGAAGCUGGACGCCGUCGCGGAAGCCGUCAAGAAGAGGAACGCCGACACCACGCUGAGGAACCGGAACGGGCCCGUGGAGGUGCCGUACACGCUGCUCACGCCGAGGGCCGACCCUACGGCACCACACGUCGGCGGGAUUCCCAACAGCAUCGCCGUCUGAGUAUUGCGUCGGUCGACACAAUAUCAUGUGCAAUAAUAAGAUAUCAAAAGUAUGACCUUGGUAAAGUAAUAAAUAAAUAAAUAAAAAUGUGGACUUGCCACUCCUUACAUGCA